AUGGUACACACCAUUCUACAACACCCACAUCGAGUUUUAUCUACCGAGUACGAGUGCACAGCUGCACAUACCCGCGCGAGAGAAACGGCCCUUGUGAUACUGGGGAGCAGCGAAAGCAUACAAGAGGCGAGCCGGGGCUACGCUGCCGCAGAAGACCUUCUCGAUGAUACUUUCGAAGACGCCUAUUCCGGAGAUUUCGCGGCCGUCAAGUUGGACGGCGCAUCAGGCGAUUUGCUGUGGACUUGGACCGACUCCUCUUUGGGGAGCGCAGCAGAUCUGUUUCUGGCAGGUGACACCGACAGCAACGACGACGUCGUCAUGGGGGGCAGAACAGAGGGGUACUGGUCAUCGUCUAACCCCGACAGCGUCGCACAUCUUGCGGCCGUGAAACUUGACGGCAGCACGGGGGAUGAGAUAUGGAGGUACCAAGAACACCCUCCGGACACGUACACGUCUUUGGGAAGUUAUUUUUACUACGGUUCCGGCAGUGUGACAGGUGUGGCUGUCGACGGCGACGAUAACUGUUUCUUGGUUGGGCAAACCUGGGGCAGCCUGGUCUUCGGCGAGGGUGACGCUGGAGAUUCUGAUUUCUUCGUCAUCAAGCUAGACGGGACGGACGGCAGCGAGAUCUGGACAGUGCAAGGCGGAGAGUCGACGAGCUAUGAUUUUUUUGUCGAUGUGAAGGUGGACUCGGCCGGAGAUCUGGUCGCUAUAGGCAUCGGCGGAGACGAAGACGCCAUCAAUGUUGUCGUGGUGAAGUUCAGCGGUAUCGAUGGAAGCAUUCUCUGGGAAUAUUCACCUGUUACAUCUUUCACUCAUGACGUUCCCGAGUCGGUCGACGUCGACACCCAGGACGAUGUGUAUCUUGCUGGCGGCUACGAUGCUCUAAAUCUAGAAGGCGACCUAGCAGAGACUCCGGUGGUGCUGAAGCUAGACGGGGCAACAGGCGAUGUCGUGUGGACCUACGAGGGCGUAGCCACGUCAAGAGCUGGGUUCUUUGGGGUAGCCGUGGACCCCACAACAGGGUGGGUUGUGGGUGCUGGCUGGACGGAAGGGACGUGGUUGACAGGUGCAGCUCAAGGCGGCUAUGACUUCGCCGCGGUGGUGCUAGAUGGAGACACUGGAGACGAAAUAGGACGCUACCAGGAUGGUACCACUGAUGACGACUAUCUUUCGUUCGUUGGGUUUGAUGCUGUUGGGGGCUUAAUCUUGGGGGGAUCCUGGACGGACACGGGCGCAGAUGAGUUCGUGGCGAUCAAGUUCGCGCCUGGGUCUGCGUCUACUCCAGCUCCUUCUUCUCUGCAGACAACGUUUUCGCCCCUGUCCUCUUCGCUUGCCCCGAUCGAAGCAACACUCGCCCCCCUGGCUGUGCCAACUCCUUCUCCCAUCGCCCUACCCUCGGGCUCGGGUGACCCAACAACGGCCCCCCUGGCCGGCAACCAGCCUCCCUCGACCACUCCGUCUCCGGUUGGUCGUGGGUCCAUAUCGACCCCAGCCCCAACAACGGCGGCGGCCGGGACAGAAUCACUUGCCCAGUGGGAGAUCGGGGCCAUCGCAGGCGGGGGAACUUUCCUCCUUCUACUCCUCGGACUCUCGGUGAUGAAAGCUUCCGCCCUGCAUGGCUGA